GGAGGAACCUUUUUUAGUCUUAACAUCUUGCUUGAUGUGCUCUAAUUAGGCAACACAACCGAGGGACCUUCUGGACAUUUCCUACAAAGACAUGAGAUCAUCAACCUCCCGCUUGUCAUUUUCCUCAAGGGAACCUAUAUGGAACCGGAUGCCGGAUCAAAUCUCGGUGUCGGAGUUUCUCUCGGAGACCACUGAGGACUACAACUCGCCCACCACGUCGAGCUUUACCACCCGGCUGCAGAGCUGCAGGAACACGGUCAAUGUUUUGGAGGAGGCGUUGGAUCAGGACAGGACGUCACUGCAGAAAGUUAAGAAGUCAGUCAAAGCGAUCUACAGCUCUGGCCAAGAUCACCUUCAGAAUGAGGAGAUGUACGCUCAGGCACUGGACAAGUUUGGCAGUAACUUCAUCAGCCGAGACAAUUCCGACCUGGGAACGGCCUUUAUUAAGUUCUCCACCCUAACCAAUGAGCUCUCGGCCUUGCUCAAAAACCUGCUCCAGAAUCUGAGUCAUAAUGUGAUCUUCACACUGGACUCUCUGCUGAAAGGAGACCUGAAAGGCAUGAAGGGGGAUCUGAAGAAACCAUUUGAUAAAGCAUGGAAGGACUAUGAAACUAAGUUCACAAAGAUAGAGAAGGAAAAACGAGAACACGCCAAGCAGCACGGCAUGAUUCGGACGGAGAUCACGGGUGCAGAAAUUGCUGAGGAGAUGGAGAAGGAGCGACGCCUUUUUCAGCUCCAGAUGUGUGAGUACCUGAUCAAAGUGAAUGAGAUUAAGACCAGGAAAGGUGUGGACCUCCUACAGAACCUGAUCAAGUACUACCAUGCACAAUGCAAUUUCUUCCAGGAUGGCUUGAAGACGGCUGAUAAACUCAAGCAGUACAUUGAGAAGUUAGCUGCUGAUCUUUACAAUAUUAAGCAAACUCAGGAUGAGGAGAAAAAACAACUCACAGCACUGAGGGAUCUGAUCAAGUCCUCGCUGCAGGUGGAUCAGAAAGAGGAUUCACAGAGCAAGCAGGGAGGUUACAGCAUGCACCAGCUCCAGGGUAACAAAGAACAUGGCAGUGAGAAGAUGGGCUAUCUGCUUAAGAAGAGCGAUGGGUUGAGAAAAGUAUGGCAGAAGAGGAAGUGCUUAGUAAAAGGAGGCAUUCUCACUAUUUCUCAUGCCACGUCAAACAGGCAGCCUGUCAAACUGAACCUACUUACCUGCCAGGUCAAACCGAGUGCUGAAGACCGCAAGUGUUUCGACCUGAUUUCUCAUAAUCGCACAUAUCACUUUCAGACUGAAGACGAACAGGAGUUUUUAAUCUGGAUCUCGGUGUUAACUAACAGCAAAGAAGAGGCAAUGAACAUGGCAUUUAGAGGAGAACAGACAGCAGGAGAGGACGGCCUGGAGGAUCUGACUAAAGCUAUUAUCGACGACAUCCUUCACAUGCCUGGCAAUGAGGUCUGCUGCGACUGUGGUGCUCCAGAUCCUAAAUGGCUAUCGACCAACCUGGGCAUCCUGACAUGUAUUGAGUGUUCAGGCAUCCACAGGGAGAUGGGAGUGCACAUCUCUCGGAUUCAGUCUAUUGAACUGGACAAAUUGGGAACAUCAGAAUUACUGCUGGCCAAGAAUGUUGGAAACAAUAAUUUUAAUGAGAUUAUGGAAGUAAAUCUUCCUUAUCCCUCUCCUAAGCCAACUCCGUCCAGCGAUAUGACAGUUCGCAAGGAGUUUAUAAAUGCUAAAUAUGUGAUUCAUAAGUUUGCAAGGAAGAUCUGCAGCUCACCAGCAGGCAGACUGAGAGAGCUGUUUGAAGCAGUCAGGUCACGUGACCUGCUGGCUCUCAUCCAGGUGUAUGCAGAAGGGGUGGAGCUUAUGGAGCCGUUUUCUGAUAUAGGGCAGGAGGGUGGGGAAACAGCUCUGCAUUUCGCAGUGAGGACAGCUGAUCACACGUCACUGCAUAUGGUUGACUUCUUGGUUCAGAACAGUGGAAAUCUGGAUCAACAGACUGAGAGAGGAAACACAGCGCUGCACUACUGCUGCAUUUAUGAAAAACCAGACUGUCUCAAACUGCUCCUGAGAGGAAAACCUGCCACUGACAUCACCAAUCAGAAUGGAGAGACAGCAUUGGAUGUGGCCAGACGAAUGAGAGUCAACCAGUGUUCAGAGGCCUUGGUGCAGGCUGCAGAAGGGAAGUUUAACCUCAAAGUCCAUGUGGAAUAUGACUGGAAUCUCAGACUGGAUGAAAUGGAUGAAAGUGAUGAUGAUCUUGAUGACAAACCAAGUCCAAUAAAGAAGGACCGGAGGCCUCAGAGCUUCUGUCACUCGUCUAGCUUGUCCCCUCAUGAUAAGCUCUCUUUACCAGUUUUUCCUGGCCAGCGGGAUAGGCAGCGUCUGUCGUACAGUUCCUUCACAAAUCAAAUAUAUAGUGUUUCCACUGAGUGUCCUCCUUCACCUGAUGCUCCACCUCUACCACCCAGGAAUCCAGGAAAAGCUCCUUCUUUGGCAUUCCUUGGUUCUCAUUCGCACUAUGCUACUGUGGCUAGCACUCGGCCUUACAUCACCGUGCCUUCAUCGUCAUCCUCAUCCUCCCCUCACUCCCCGGGUUCCCAGAUCUCUGGUAACAGCAACUCCACACUGUCCAAGAAGAGACCACCUCCCCCUCCUCCAGGCCAUAAACGCACACUGUCCGACCCCCCCGCCUCACUCUUGCAAACCCUUGUGUGUAAAGGAAGUGACUCCACACCUCCACCGUCAAACAAAAUGUCUCCAAUAACAAACCGUUUUGAAGGCAUACUGCAACAACAAAGCUCCAUGUCUAAUACCACUAAAACUACACUUGGCCCCAGAGUGCUUCCCAAACUACAAAAGGUUGUUUUGCGCAAGACUGAGACAAUCCACCACCCAUCUAUGGACAAGACCAGUACUCUUCCAGAGCCUGUACUGUUUCAGAAGACUCCACCAGGAAUGGACACUCCGCAAAAAAUGUUUUUACCUGAUAAACCUCAGCUAGACCUUACCCCUAAACCUCAGGCCUCAGAACUACCCCCAAAACCGGGAGAACUGCCCCCAAAACCACAGCUCUCUGACCUUCCACCCAAACCCCAGCUUGGAGACUUGCCACCCAAACCCCAUCUCAAAGAAUUCCAAGCCAAACCACAAAUUUCUGAAGUCUCCAAUGCCAAACCUGUUGUCCCUGAACCUGCUCAUAAGCCUUUUUCUGGAGAGGUGAGUCCCAAACCUGAAAUCCCUGAAGCACCAUUGGGCAAUCAACAAGGAGAACCAUCUACUCAGCCCUCUCACUCCAUGGAGGACAUUAAUGGAAGCCCGGGGUGCACCCAGGAUAUGCCUGUUCCACUUCCAAGGAAGAGCAGCACGGGUAAGGGUAAACUGCGGCGAGUGAAGACCAUCUACGACUGUCAAGCAGAUAAUGAGGAUGAGCUUACAUUUGCUGAGGGGGAGGUAAUCGUGGUGACUGGGGAGGAGGACCAGGAGUGGUGGAUCGGCCACAUCGAAGGACAGCCGGAGAGGAAAGGUGUCUUCCCCAUGUCCUUUGUGCACAUCCUGUCUGACUGACGGUCAGAUUACCAGCCCGAUGCCCACAGCUUUCCAGCUCGCACAUCUCUUACUAAGAACUCUCUGUAAAUAGCUGUUUAACCGUCCACUUGACUUCAGAUAAAACCACAAAAAGGAGCAGAAACGAAAGCCCUUUAUUAACUUCCUCCUUGUCAAGAAUGAGUGUCUAACUAUACCAGUAUUUCUAUCGCUGUUGGUAGAGCUGAGCCUGCACCCAGAGUUUACCCACAUCCUUCACCUCAGCUGUUACGUUUGUAUAUAACGACUGUAUAUAGAUGGCUGUUUGGCUGCACAAAUACAGGAUUGUUUUGUGUAAAUAUGAAAUCGUGUUAGUGUGGGGAAAAGUGAAACGUGUACUCAUGUCCUGUUUGGCAGCUUCUAACCGGGGCCAGUACCCUUCAGCCAGUGAAGUGUAAAGUAUUAAUGCAAACUGGUCAUUGCAGAAACCACUGACAGUGUCAGAGUGAAAUGUUUUAACCUCCACAAACCACUAUAGCACAUCUUAUAAUGCAAUACUGAUUGGUUGUGAAUUUCCAAAUUGUGCAAAAUGAUAAACAUGAGAUGCACAAUUAUAGAUGAAUGAAUGCACAGUUUUUACAGCGGAUGCCCUUCCUGACACAGCUCUCCUAUUUAUCCGGGCUUGGGAUCGCCACUAAGGUGCACCCCCCAAUGGCUAGGGCAUGCGCCUUCUGUAUUUGUGAGCCUAGUAUAGAUUUCAGACACCUGAAACUCAGGCACUGCUGUUACCAGCAUUGUGGCUCUUACCAUUAUGCCACAUGAGCUCACAGAUGCACAGUUUUAAAUAUUGCAGUUAAACCCAUACAGUAAAUAGCCAGAAUUACAUGGAUAGCCCUCAGUCAACUGUUUAAACAAUGAAUUUAAUGAAUUAUUUACGGAACUGUGCUCCUGUGCACAAAGUCGUGUCCACAAAGACAUUUAUGUUGUGGAGUUUCGUGUGGCCUGCACAGAAAUCUAAUCUCAACAUCAUCGAACAUGUUUGAGAUGAAGUAGAAUGGCGAUUGUGAGCCACAUACACUCCAAAAUCUUCUGAAAAUUGUCGUCCAACAAGCACAUGGUCUACAUACUUUUGUCAAGGUAUAUGCUACUUGGUUUUAUUAUCAAGGCGCUCGGGUGGGGUAGAGAUCCAGGUUUGAACCUCAGCUGUAUUAGUGGCAGUCUUAGUGUCUACACAGAAACUGAUGCUAUUGGAGUAAAAAUCAUGCCAGUGUUAAUGCCCGGCUGGCUGACCGGGUUGCAGUGGUAGUAACUGGGGUACUUUACUGCUGCGGCACCCAAGCACCCUCCAAAAUGGGAUUCACGCUCAUAUUUAAAUAAUCUUUUAAUGCUAAUUGAUUCUUCUUCCACACCUCUUUUACUCUCUGUAUUAUGGAUGCACAUUAAAAAAAACACAAUACUUGACACAUUCCAUGCAUAACAUGUUUGUAGUUCUGUUUCAGAGAUAGAAUUUUGUAGUGAAUGUUUUGUGACGAUGGACAUGCCCGCUCAUGAUUGACGUUAUUCAGUCAUGGAUAAUCAGGUGCUGCAACUGCACCAGGCAACUUUGAUUGGAUACUUGAAAAUGACAACUAAACCAGUGAUACAGCCACAACCCAAGUGUACCCCUUCAAUGUGUUUCAGAAGAGAAAUAAAACAUGAGUGGAUGAA